AUGGAGUUGGUGGAAGCAAGUAGUGUCGACAACCCGACUACCCCAGAGCCUCGGGAUUAUGUAAACCCUCUGGAGUCUAGUUCUCGGUGGUACCUUAAUGCCCGAGCCCAGUUGAUCAGAUAUGCCGCCAGCGUCGGCUUCAGCAUUGCCAACAGGGCAGAACCUCCAGUGCCAGAGUUCACUCGGGAGAUCUACCUGGAUUCGACGUUAUCCCUGCUAAGUGGCCCCAAGAAGAUCAAGGCCGAGGUAUGGAUCCCGCCGAGAGUUUCCAUCGGUCCUCGCCCAGCAGUAAUCACAUUCCACGGUGGCGGAUGGAUUCUCGGCCAAGGGACUGACAAUGCCCGAUGGGCAGGGACUGUCAUGAGCCAGCUCGACGCUGUUGUCUUCACCGUCAACUACAGGCUCGCACCGAGCUUCCCUUUCCCCACGCCCAUCGAGGACUGCGUGGAUGCCGUCUGUCAGAUAGCCCGACACGCUGGCGAAUUCGGCAUCGACCCAGACAAGAUCAUCAUUUCGGGCUUCUCAGCCGGCGCUACCAACACCUUGGCAGCAUGGAUAUGUCUUCAGGAACCCGAAAAGUUUGGUUACACGCUUCCAUUCCACCCGUCGAGGAUUGCUGGCCUCGUGCUCUUUUACCCCACUCUGGACUACACCAUGUCACGGCCUGAGAAGCGAGAGCAGUGUCCCCGGCCAGACCUCACUCUGCCCAAGAGUCUGACUGACCUCAUCGAUGCCUCAUAUGUGUAUCCUCCAAUCCCGCGGGAAAAACGAUCGGACCCGAGGUUGUCUCCGGGUCUCAUGUCUGACGAGCUGGUGAAGAAGCUGCCUCCUAUACACCUUUGCGUGUGCGAAUACGAUAUGCUUCUCCUCGAGGGGAUGAAAUUUGCAAGCAGACUCAAAGACCAUCGAAAGCAAUGCGAGAUGCGUGUCGUCAAGGGCGAGAAGCAUGCCUGGGACGGCCCCCCUCCCAUGGCCCCGAAGGAGAGCGUUGCUGUCGAGUACGGAGCUGCAGUCCAGUCCAUGGCCGACUGGCUGGGCGGCGACACGACGGACAAAGACUCGAUAAGGACUGUGCGGACGAAGAAGUCCAGGCUCGACCGGCCCACGGGCUUGUUAAUACGUGCCGUGUCCGCCCUCGAGGUGCGAAACACCGAGAAAAAGUUACAACGAGAGAGAUCCUCUCAGUUGCGACCAUGA